AUGGAAUUAUCUGGUAGUUUAAAUAAUCAUGAAGCGGAGAAAAAGUUAACUAAUUUGAUCAAAUAUCAUUCCUUCAUAAUUGAAGUUUUUGAAGAUGUUCAAGAUGCUUUUGGCUACAAUGUGACUGCCAAUUACUGCCAUAAUUUAGUGAGCGAUAGCCUUUUGCUAUAUCAAGUUAUGUUUGGGGAUAAAGAAGACUUGAUGUUAUAUGGCUUAAUGUUUUUUGUGUAUUUGGGAGGACUCAUAUUGAUGUCCAUGGUGUUGGAAGAAAUACGACGUGAGAGUUAUGACAUGGCUGAUAUAGUUUAUAAUAUUCCAUGGGAACAAAUGUCAAUUUCUAAUCAAAAAAUUUUAAUGAUGAUGUUGGCACGUGCUCAACCAGUAUUAGAUUUUAUUUCAGCAGGAAACCUGAGAGCUGGAGUCAAACCCACAAUAUCGAUAAUAAAAUCCACCUUCUCAUAUUACGUGAUGCUAAAGACAAGCAUGAAAGGUGACGAAUAA